CUUAUGUUAAGAAUUUCGUCCUAAGCAUUCGGGAUUUAAAACGGAGUAAAAUCGGACUGUGCGUUGAAAAAAAUCUUUUUUCAAUGUUCACCUACUUACUUUACAUGGAAAAAUAGUUUUGAACAAGAUAAAAAAACUAUGAUCGAUAUUUAAAUUUAAUUAUUAAUAUUAGUAGUGAGUUAACGAUAAAAGAUUAAGAAUAUAAAUAUAGUCAUAGUAGUAUAGAGAUGGUAUAAGUGAAAUCUUAACUUAACCAUAUAGCCUAUAUAUUAUAUAUAGAGAGAUUAAGUAAGCAAUUUCAUGCUCAUUGCUCAAUCAUACUUGUAGUAGUGAUUAAUACUCGAUGAUUAAUACAGUUUUAGCUGAAAAUCCAAGGCCAAGGCUAAUUUUGGGUUAGCGGUAAACCGCAACCGGUCAAGUGUUCCUACUGCAAAUAGGUCAUGGAGAUUUCCCCAGGUCAACUUCCAUCUGUAUCUUAAUGCCCUUCCCCAGAAGAUUUUUUUUCUUAUUUUUGAAUUCAAAGUAGGGAAAGGGGUUAUGAUAAAAUUGUAAUUAUCCAUUGUCAGAUUUAUUUUAUGAUCAAGUAAGUAAUGCUCAGUGAUGAACAGGAAAGUAUUUAGACACAUCAUUUAGGUCCAACAGUUGGACUAUUCAUUUAAAGUCUAGCGUUGGGAUUCCCCAAAGUGAUGUCACUGGUCUUAGGGUGAGAUGACCAUACUGCUAAACCAAAAUUUACGCUGGUUGGCCACCUUCUGCUGUUUGGAAGAAGCCUUUUUUUUAAUAAAAAAAUAUUUAAUUUUUAGAAAUCUUUAAUAUUAAUGUGUAGUACAUUUAAAAUGUCAAUUUAAUAUAUACAACAUUUACAAUAUCAUCCAUGUGAUAAGUGACAUCACACCAUUUUUUUCCUAAUCUCCCCCCUCCCUGAAAUUCAUCUCAAAUUUAACUCAAAAUUUAAACACUCAUAAUACAUGUCACAAAUGUGUGACCUACUUAAGUAAAAAAAAAAGUUAUUAAUAUGAGUAUUUGGACAUUUUAUUGAUUAUUAGCUUUUAAUUAUCAAAUCUAUAUUUUAAACUAGUGCUUUAUUCUCAACAAAAUAAUUUUAAUCUUCCAUCCAAGAAUGUCUCUAUAAGUCAAUAACAUAACCCUUUUUUUUAGGUUAAGUCAGCUAUUAGACAAUAAUUUCUUUUUUCAUUAGCUUCUGACAAGAUAAUAAUUGUUUUUGGCUAAGUUAAUCUUAAAAUUUCUCAUUUGAAAAAUAACAGCAUAACAUCAUACCUUAAUCAUUCUGAGGAACUCAUUAAUAAAUUUCCAAAGGGCCGAAAAAAAAUAUAUUUAUGGCCGAUAAAAUUUCGGAACCAUUUGGAGCACAGACUCCAGGUGUACAUGAAUGGAGACAGUCUCUUAGAUCUCCAAGUCCUGCUGGGUACCCAAGGUCUAGUCGCAGCAUGGAUGGAGUCUCAAAAAGCUUAAGGUCAAGGACACCAUCACCUAGACGAUCAAGAGACAGGUUCCCAAGACAGUCAAGGAGCCCAUCCCCAAAUGCAACCUCUAAAGGUAUUAAAAUAUUGCGUUAGUUUUAGCAUCAGUUAAACAUUAAUCGCAGGUUGAUUUUUUUGAAACAUUUUAAAAACUUUGCGUUAAUCCAGGUUGUUUUGUCUAUUAUGUUUGUGGAGUAUUUUCAGGAAAGAUUUGGUGAGGCAGGCCAAAUCCUUACUUGGGCUGUAGUGCCACCAGGAUAGAUGAAUAGAGUAUUGUUAACAAAAAAAUUAUCAGAAUAAACUAUUUUUAGCACAAUGGGAGAGUAUUUGUACAUGACCUACAAACUUGUCUAUUUAUAUUCAAUAUUUCUUUUCUUUCUAGAAAAAAGAAGCAAUUUCUGCCUUCAGAUUUUCCAAUGGAAUAUAAUUAAUAUCCUUACAUUUUUUCUCAAAUUUUUCAAUUAAAAAAAAAUAUUAUAAUGUAAAAUGGUUUAAUAAUUACUAAGCAUUGCAUGAUAGCAUUAGUAUUCUAGCUUAUUAUCAAUAACAUGAUUUUAUGAGUAUAUUAAUUUAUGAUUUACACUCAAGAAAGUUGGCAAGUAUCAAACAUGCAUUACGUGAAACAUUCAUCAUUAAACUAGUAGAUCUUAAUUAUUUAUUUAUUAAAUUUAAUUUGGCAUCUGCUGCUCAGUCAGCUCUGUUGGACAAGAAAAUCUAUUUGAAAUAUUCUAUCCACUCCUUUACAAAGGGUUUCAAAGCUCAACUACUUUAUAAAAAGGUGUUUGAAAUCAAAAUGGCUCUUUAGUAAAAGUUGUUGCAAAUUUCUCUGACUCCCGAUUAAGUGAUGAUAUAAUCUGAAAACAAGUUAGAACUCUGAUGUCUUCAAUAUCUGCAGCUUUUCUUGUCCUUGACUCAGAAAUUUAUUGGUGUAUACUGUCUGGCCCUGGUCUUAAGUUCUCACAACUGUCAACACAUGCCUAUGAUAUUAUUGUUUUGAACUACUUUAAACUGUCAACAGAUGUUUCAAAGAGGCAUUCCAUGAAACGAACAAAUAUCUUGAACGGACUGAGGAAAAGUACUGGCAGUAGCCUGACUGCCGACCUCAGUUUGAGCAGGUAAAGUACUAGCAGUCGCUGGACACCUGACCUUUUCUUAAGCAGAUCAGAAGAGUAAGGAGGUAGAAACUGGUGGCAAAAAUUAAUAACUUGGAUAUGAGAAUCAAGUUAUAACUUGUUUUCCCCAAAAUGGAGAUUUGAAUAAUUAAAAAAGAGCAAAACAUUUUUCAUUAAUAAGUUAUUGUCUAUGUUUAAUUAAUAAGUUAUUGUCUAUGUUAAAUUAUUAAGUUAUUGUCUAUGUUAAAUUAUUAAGUUAUUGUCUAUGUUAAAUUAAUAAGUUAUUGUCUAUGUUUAAUUAAUAAGUUAUUGUCUGUUUAAUUAAUAAGUUAUUGUCUAUGUUUAGUUAAUAAGUUAUUGUCUAUGUUUAAUCAAUAAGUUAUGGCUGUAAGAGUAGACACCUUAGGUCAGAAUAAGCAAUAAAAUAUUAGUGGGUCACACAGGAGAAACAUAAAAAUAAUGGGGUCAUGAAAGAAAUCAGUUCGGGGAUCACUGCUCUAGUUACUGAUAAAGAAAUCCUCAAUCUGGAGACAAUUCCACAUUUCAUUUCAAGAAUAUGGGGUGAGUUGACCUAUGUCCAGGAGUGUCACUGCAGGUCUAUGAAACUGAUAUUUGAAAACUCAAAUUGUUUUCUUAUGCUUUCUGUGUAGCUGGACUUGACCACAUACAGAUGACUUGAACACAUAUAUGUAAAUGACUUAACGACACACAGAAUGACUUAAGCACAUACAUGUAGAAUGACUUAACCUUAUACAGUUAGAUUGACUUGACCACAUACUGUUUUGGAUGACUUGACCACAAACAUGUUAAAUGACUUGACCAUAUACAGUUUAAAUUACUUGACCCCAAAAUAAUUAGUAUGAAAAUAGACGGCCCAAUAAUUAGUAUGAAAGUAGAUGGCCCAAUAAUUAGUAUAAAAAUAGACGGCCCAAUAUAUCUUACAUUAGACUAAUCUGAUUUAUGAUUACAGUAAGCUGAACAAGUCAGUGGAUCAGUUGGCAAAUAUCGAAGCUGAGUACAUCAAGAAUCUGCAGCAGCAAAUCUAUUUCCUGGAACUGGAAGCUAAUUACCUGUAUCCUUUUAGCACACCUGUCUAGUUCACUACAUGUGUCCUUUAGCAAACCUGUCUAGUUCUUUACCUGUAUCGUCUAGUACACCUGUCCCUAGCACACCUGUCUUAGCACACCUGUCUUUAGCACAUAUGUCUUUAGCACACCUGUCUUUAGCACACCUGUCUUUAGCACACCUGUCUUUAGCACACCUGUCUAGUUUAACCUGUAGCCUAAGCUCAAUAGUUAUUUAUUUCAAGCAUGAUUUUCUUAACUCAGCUGUAGUCGAGAGCAGGCAAGAAAAGCAACAGAAAUGCACCCACAGAUGACGCAGGAGGCAGAGAAAAUGCUGGCAAAACUCAGGGUAAGCUUUUCAGUUGAUUCUAUAUUCCAAUGGUUAUGUGGAUAGUCUGAAUGUUCAUUUGAUUCUAUAUUCCAAUGGUUAUGUGGAUAGGCUGAAUCUUCAGUUGAUUCUAUAUUCCAAUGGUGAUGUGGAUAGUCUGAAUGUUCAGUUGAUUCUAUUUUUCAAUGGUUAUGGGUAGGCUGAAUGUUGAAAUAGAGGAAACUCACAUCAUGCCUCACCAUGUCAAUCAACUUAAAAUAAUUCAUUGAAAUACAUCAAUUGUUUGGGUUUUUUUAAAGUUGAGAUUUUGCCUUAAACUCAGGGGAUUGCAUGAAAAGUUCAUUAUUUAUUUAAUAGAGAGGUGUAGAUAUAUAUAUAUAUAUAUAUAUAUAUAUAUAUAUAUAAAUAUAUAUAUGUUUUAAAAAAUAUGAACCUUUGUGUGACAGGAGAUGCAGAAUGAGAUAGAUAACUUAAACAUAGAGCUACAGAGGAAAGAUUCCCGCAUAGGCAUCCAUACCACAGAGAAAAUCGCUCUUCCUAUAUAAAAAUUUAUUAUUUAUUUAAUAGAGAGAUGUAUAUAUAUAUAUAUAUAUAUAUAUAUAUAUAUAUAUAUAAAUAUAUAUAUGUUUUAAAAAAUAUGAACCUUUGUGUGACAGGAGAUGCAGAAUGAGAUAGAUAACUUAAACAUGGAGCUACAGAGGAAAGAUUCCAGCUUAGGCAUCCAUACCUCAGAGAAAGAAAAACUACAGGAGAUACUUCAGAUAGAGAAAGGUAAGAUAACAGUGACAAGUUGCUUCAGGUACAUAAUAGUAAGGUUACCUGAUGCACUUGAGGUAGAGAAAAGUAAGAUUACCUGAUGGACUUCUGAUAGAGAAAAGUAAGAUUACCUGAGCCAGAUUGGUUUAAAAAAGGUAAGAUUACCUGAGCUAUUUCCAAUAGAGAAGGGUAAGGUUACAGGAGCUAGGGAUACAGUGUUUCAAGUGGUACACUGAGAUGUUUUACAAAGCUAAACAACUUACCAAACAUUCUUACGGUGGUACAUGACUUAUUAUGUAAGUCAGUGGUUGGCAACCUAAGGUAUGUGUCAUGGCAAGCAUAGUCAUUUUCAUUGGCAAUUUUCACUGGCAAUUUUCACUGGCCAUUUUCAUAGGCCGUUUUCAUUGGCCGUCUUUAUUGGCCGUUUUCAUUGGCUGUUUUCAUUGGCAUGCAGGAGACAAAAAAAAAGUAUUAUAAAUGACUAAAAAACAUCUUAAGUCUUAAACGGCAGACUUUUAAGUUCUUUGCACACUAUAGUCUUGUUUUGACAAACGUUGGCUGACCCCUGGAUAUGUGGUACAAAAUAACAAAUGUGUGAGAACACCUGCCCUGCAUCUUUAGUGAGAUAUUCUUUUGUCAGUAUUGCAACUGGGGUUUGUCUUCUGGCAGGGUUGAGGCCAAUAAUGAUUGUACAUGAUCUUAUUUCUGUGCAGAAAGCCGACAGAGAGAGAAACGACUGCUGACAGAUGAGUUGGUUACCAUGAAGCAAGACAAGGACAGGUUACAGCGAGAGCUUGCCCGCAAGGAUGAACUUCUGCUGGAAGCAAGAACUGAACUGGACAACAAUGCCAUGAUUUUUAAAAAUUAUGAAACCAAAAUAGCCACACUUAAAGCUCAGGUAGGUCAAUUUUACAAUUAAAACUCAAAUCUCAGGUAGGUCAGAUCAUUUGACACAAUGACCACUUGACCCUAUGACCAUUUGACACAAUGACCGCUUGACACAACAAACACUUGACCAGAUGAUCAAUUGACACAAUCACUGCUUGACCCUAUGACCAUUUGGCACAAUGACCACUUGACCAGAUGAUCAUUUGACACAAUGACCAUUUGACUCUUUUACCAUUUGACCGACAAUAAUAUCUGCAGAAGCAGUACUGAGCAUGAACCACUUUUUUUUAUCAGAUGAUCAUUUGUCAUAAUGGCCACUUGUCCCUAUGACCCAAUGACCAUUUGACACAAUGACCACUUGACCAGAUGAUCAAUUGACUCAAUGACUGCUUGACCCUAUGACCAUUAGACACAAUGACCACUUGACCUAUGAUGAGUUGAAGCAUUGACCACUUAAAAAAUGACCAGUUAAAAAAAUUGAUCAGUUGACGUCAUGACCACUUCAUCCACAGCUGGAACAGAGGAUAGAGCAGCACAACCUCACCCAACUUGCAUUAGAAGAAAAACGGGCUGCGCUGCUGACCACUGAGACACAGCUUCGAGAAACUGAAGAGAGAUACUUUUCAAGCACUGUCACUAUUAAAGAUAAACUAACACAAGAUUUGAGGGUAGGUAAUUUAAGGUAAACUGACACAGGAUUUGAGGGUAGGUAAUUUAAGAUAAACUGACACAAGAUUUGAGAGUAGAUAAUUUAAGAUAAACUGACACAGGAUUUGAGAGUAGGAAAUUUAAGAUAAACUGACACAAGAUUUGAGAGUAGGAAAUUUAAAAUAGACUAACACAAGAUUUGAGGGUAGGAAAUUUAAGAUAGACUAACACAAGAUUUGAGGGUAGGUAAUUUAAGAUAAACUGACACAAGAUUUGAGAGUAGAUUAUUUAUGAUAAACUGACACAGGAUUUGAGAGUAGGAAAUUUAAGAUAAACUGACACAAGAUUUGAGAGUAGGAAAUUUAAAAUAGACUAACACAAGAUUUGAGGGUAGGUAAUUUAAGAUAAACUAACACAAGAUUUAUGGGUAAGGUAAUUUAAGAUAAACUGACACAGGAUUUGAGAGUAGGUAAUUUAAGAUAAACUAACACAAGAUUUAUGGGUAAGGUAAUUUAAGAUAAACUAACACAAGAUUUGAGAGUAGGAAAUUUAAGAUAAACUGACACAGGAUUUGAGAGUAGGAAAUUUAAGAUAAACUGACACAAGAUUUGAGAGUAGGAAAUUUAAAAUAGACUAACACAAGAUUUGAGGGUAGGUAAUUUAAGAUAAAUUAACACAAGAUUUAUGGGUAAGGUAAUUUAAGAUAAACUGACACAGGAUUGGAGAGUAGGUAAUUUAAGAUAAACUAACACAAGAUUUAUGGGUAAGGUAAUUUAAGAUAAAUUAACACAAGAUUUGAGAGUAGGAAAUUUAAGAUAAACUGACACAGGAUUUGAGAGUAGGAAAUUUAAGAUAAACUGACACAAGAUUUGAGGGUAGGUAAUUUAAAUUGCAAAAUUACUCUUAUGGGAAGUCGAGUGAAUGGAUAACUGUAACCUGGAAACUGUCUCAUCGCAGCCCUCCUCUAAUAAAUUGUUAUGUUCUGACAUUGUUAUGUUCUGUCAUUUUUAUGUUCUGUCAUUGUUAUGUUCUAUUAUUUUUAUGUUCUGUAAUUUUUUAUGUUCUGUCAUUGUUAUGUUCUGUCUCAUCCCAGCCCUCCUCUAAUAAAUUGUUAUGUUCUGUCAUUGUUAUGUUCUGUCAUUGUUCUGUUCUGCCUCUCCCAGGAUGAGAUAAGGAUGCUGCACCAAAAACUUAAGGAAGCAGAGCACAGUGUUGAAAAGGACCGGUUCCUGCGAGACAAGGUCUCAGAUGAGAUGACCAGCCUGGUCAAGGAAAACUCAUCCCUCAAUCAGAAAGUUAUGGAGCUGACCAGGCAGUUAGACAGGGUUAGUAAUUUAGUUAUGGAACUGAAUAGGCAGCUAGAGAGGGUUAGUAAUUUAGUUAUGGAACUGACCAGGCAGUUAGCGAGGGCUAGUAAUUUAGUUAUGGAACUGACCAGGCAGUUUGAGACAAUCUGGCAUCUUUUAUGACAUCAAUUACUCAUGACAUCAAUUUCUUAUGACAUCAGCUUCUCAUGACAUCAACUUCUCAUUACAUCGAUUUUCCUUGACAUCAGUUUCUCAUAACAUCAGUUUGUCAUGACAUCAGUUUGUCAUGACAUCAGUUUGUCAUGACUACUCCAAAUGUGUUGAAUUUCUCUACGGAGUGAAUAAAAUAAGUUUAAAAGUAAAACUGUCACAUUCCAUCUCAAGGAAAGAGAACUAAGAGAGUCAACAGACCAGCGUCACUUACAAAGCAUCGGAGAGAUGGUGACCUUGAAGGACAAAUUGCAUGAGAUCGACAGACUCAGAGAUGAACUGAGACAAGAGAAGGAGAGAUCGAGACAGUACCUUGAUCAGGUGGGCAAAAAGUACCUUGAUCAUGUGAGCAAAAAGUACCUUGAUCAUGUGGGUAGAAAUUACCUUAAUCAGCUGUGUAACAAGUAACUUGAUCAGCUGGGUAACAAGUAACUUGAUUAGUAUAACUGAAGUACAGUGAUUCCUCACCUAUUACUGGCUCACUUUUUGUGGUGUCACUCUAUCACAAAUUGUUGUACUUGUAUAAAUCUAAUCCUUCAUUUUUGCUACAUUCUACAGGAUUUUUGUAGUGUGUAUAAUAUUUUAAAUAUUUUACAUAUUUAUUAUUUUAAUUAUUUUUGUGGUAAAAUUAGCCUUUUCUAGCCUAAAAAUUGAAAAAAAUGUAAUAAAAUAUAUAAAAUAUUAAUUAAAACAUAUUAAAAGAAUAUUAAAUCGAAAUGCAAUAGGUUUUUAAAAAAAGGUCUCUUCUUCACAAAUUUUUGUCCAUCGUGGGGUUCCGAAACCUAACCCCUGCAAAAAAUGGGGGACCACUGUACUUUGUUAAGCGAAUGAAUAAAAUAUAAAAAGGUUAUCUAGAUUUUGUAAAGCCUUCAAUGGUCAAUAGGCUUCAUUUCUAUCUGUUUUGGGAAAACUGUGAUGGCUAAUUUGUUUUAUAUCCAAUGAGAAGUCAACUUAUAUCAUUCACUGUGAUGGCUAAUUUGUUUUAUAUCCAAUGAGAAGUCAACUUAUAUCAUCCAACUGUGAUGGCUAAUUUGUUUUAUAUCCAAUGAGAAGUCAACUUAUAUCAUCCAACUGUGAUGGCUAAUUUGUUUUAUAUCCAAUGAGAAGUCAACUUAUAUCAUCCAACUGUGAUAGCGAAUUUGUUUUAAAUCCAAUGUGAAGUCAACUUAUAUCAUCCAACUUUGUGGAAUGAUUCAAAUCCACUCAGCUGUUUUGUCUAGGUUGAGGUAACCCUUUAUGAAUUCAACCCUCUGCCUCUUGAUGUGGAUGUGCCAUCAUAGGGUCCCUCCUCAAAAAAGCUUUGAAAUUUAAAAGCUGUCAAUAACCCAGUUCUAAAAGCGUUAUUAUAAGUUUAUUUACUAACUAUAUAUAUCCCACCGAACAAUGGCGGCCACAACUUCCCAUCUACUCAAGUUACUUGACAAAACAUGCAUUCAGGUAACGCACUUUAUAAUAUUCCCAAUUUGUUUUAAUCCCAUCCUCCCCCCAGUACACUCCCUUCCCUGAACUAUAUUAAUAUACUAAUGUCUCACCCCCUUUUACACUGCACAUGAAUUACAUCAAAUUUUGCCAUCAAACAAAAGAAAAUUUUACACACCAAACACAUUUGGGGUAUUUUUAGGAAUUUUAUUUAGGAAUUUAUUUAUUGAAAUCAGCACCAUCUGGUGGUGUUAGUGAUAUUGUUACAUGGAGAAUUAUGUAUUUAUAUGAAUUGAUUCAUUAUCUGUUGUUUUUUUUUAAUCUCUAAAAGCUGACCAAUGAGCAGACAACUCACAAAAGGACAGACUUACAAGUAAACACAAUGAGAUCGAGACUGACAGAAAGUGAAGGGAUGCACAGCGUGAUUGACUCGGAAAAUACACAGCUAAGAAAGGACAAGAUUUUACUGGUUGAUCAUGUUGCAGAGCUACAGAAAAAGGUCAUCAUCCCAAAUAUUUUCAUAAUCUCAAAAAGUCUCAUCAUUAAUUUCUUUUUAUCAUCCCCAAUCUUCUCAUCAUCCCCAAUCUUCUCAUCAUCCCCAAUCUUCUCAUCAUCCCCAAGCUUCUCAUCAUGCACCAAACUUCUCAUCAUCCCCAAUCUUCUCAUCAUCCCCAAUCUUCUCAUCAUCCCCAAUCUUCUCAUCAUGCACCAAACUUCUCAUCAUCCCCAAUCUUCUAAUCAUCCUCAAUAUUCUCAUCAUCCCCAAUCUUCUCAUCAUGCACCAAACUUCUCAUCAUCCCCAACCUUCUCAUCAUCCCCAAUCUUCUCAUCAUCCCCAAUCUUCUCAUCAUCCCCAAUCUUCUCAUCAUCCCCAAUCUUCUCAUCAUCCCCAAUCUUCUCAUCGUCCCCAAUCUUCUCAUUGUCCCCAAUCUUCUCAUUAUCCCCAAUCUUCUCAUCAUCCCCAAUCUUCUCAUCAUCCCCAAUCUUCUCAUCAUCACAAAUCUAUCUUUUCAUGAUCCCAAAUAUUCUCAUAAAAUUAAAUGUUUAAAAUAUUUUUUUUUUUGCUAUGUAAAAUAUAAUAUUUAAAUUGUUCUUUAAAUGUCAUAAUAAAAUAGCCUUUGUUUAUUGCACAGCUGGAUGAUAAGGACAGAGAGAUCCUUACUCUGAGGUCCAGUGUAGAUGAUCUUGAGACUCGGUUCAGGAAUCUAGGGCUCCAAAAGAGCAUGGAGUUGGCACAGCAAAGCCAGCGGUGGGAGGAGUUCUCACGCCUGGCCGACAGCAUGAAGACGCUGUCCAAAACAAUGAUGACGCAGACAUCUCUAGGCUCUACCCAAUCACCUAGGUCAAGGCCACAACAAUAUUAACUCUAUCUAGAUUCUACCCAAACACCUAGGUCAAUGCCACAACAAUAUUAACUCUAUCUGUAUUAUUUACCAAAGAAAUAUUUUUUCACAUGUACAAACUCAUGAAUUGUUUUAACCAACUGGUCUCUUGAACUGCCAAAACACACAAAAAUGGAAAGUUGCUUAAGUAAGUCAUUAGAGCUUAAUUUAUAACAAUAAAUUUUGAGUUGUAAUAUUUUAAGAUUGACAAUCUUGUUAUUAUUUAUUUGUAUGCAUUACAGCAAGGAACACAUAAGAAGAAGACAACAAAAAAAAAGGGGGGGGGGGUAUAAAAAAAACAAAAAUACUUAAAAAUUGUUUUUUUCUUUAAUUUAAAUGUAUUUGCAAAAUAAAUCUGUUGAAAUUGAAAAUUACAAGCUACAAACUAACGGUGCUUCAAAAUUAUUGUUUUACUUUGAGUUUGUUCCAUGUAAUAAGUAUUUCUGUAUUUUAUUAAGCUAUUGCUUAGUUACAAUUAGUAAAUGUAAGCUAAAUUUUUAUUUAUAUCUAGAUGUACUUUUCAUAACUUAAUGUUCUUGUAUACCUAGGUUAUCAUUACUUUACAUUGUCCUAGUACUAGAAGUCCAAUGUCUUUUAAAUCAUAGGCAAUUAGAUUUUGUUAUAACUAUUUUAAUUUAUUAUGUACAUUUUUGGAUUAGAGAUUAAUCAGAGUAUAGUUAAGAUUAUUUGUAUGAUUUUUACAUCUGCAUAUUGAUAGUAUGAAGCCAAUAUAAUAGUGAAAAUAAAUGAACUAAAAUCUGGCAUCUAAUGAUUAUGCCCUUGCCAGGUAAUGAAAUUUAAUUUGGAGGAUAAUAGUUACUUUAUUCCAAUGAAAUGAAUAAAUAUUUAAUAUUUGAAUUCAUAUUUGGCAGGAAAUUAAUUAACUUCACAAGUUGUUCAGUAGAGCAGUGUAAACUUACAAAUUGCUUUUAAUAGUAGCAGUUAAAGUGGAACACUGACAUCAAAAUUACAUUUUAGAGCAUCAACAUGCAUAUAGGUAGUCAAACCCUUACACAUGAUGUAAGUGCCAUGGCUGUAUGUAGAAGCAAUGUCAUAGCUGUUUGUGCAUUAAAAUUAUUAUUGCAGGUCAAGUAUUGAAUUCCUCGAAGAAAUCUGUUUCAAAAAAAAUUAUUUUAACAUUUUUUUUUGCAGUCUAGAACUGAGCUGAAAAAUAUGUUCAAAUUAAAUCUGAACUUCUUUGACCUUUUAAUUCCAACAUUAUUUUCCAUUAUUUUGUAUUUUCUUUUGAUCAUGUCAAAACAAUUAGGUAUUAAGUUGUUGUUUUUUUUUACUGAUAAAUAUCUUGACCAUCAUUGACCAUCAUUGACCAUCAUUGACCAUCAUUGACCAUCAGUCUCAUUGAGAUGAUCACUAAAUGGUAGUUUUCUUUCCUGAUCAUAGGGAAUCAUGUUCUUCCAGACACACCUUCACCUCCUAGAGCUUUCUGAAGGAAGCAAUCAUUUAACCUGUCUAAACAAAACAAUGUUCAAUAAUUUAAGUUCUUUUCAAGUAAAGAGUCAACCAUUCAGCUUAAGUCUCAAGUUUAUUCAUUUAGGUUUCUAAUUGCUGUCUUUGUAUUUAGGUUUCUAAUUGCUGUCUUUGUAUUUAGGUUUCUAAUUGCUGUCUUUGUACUUAGGUUUAUAAUUGCUGUCUUUGUAUUUGGGAUUCUCAUUGCUGACUUUGUAUAAAGUAUGCUAAUAGCUUUCUGUGUGAUACUUAUCUUUUCAAAAUUACAACUCACACUCAAGAACUCAACAGUUAGUCAUACCGAACAAUUAGUCCAUGAAAGUCUUGCUAAGGUCUAAUUUUAAGGAACAACUAAAAACUCAAACAAGGAUUUUCAAGACUGAAACAAAUAUGUAGGAUGAAGGAAAAAAAAAAAACUCCAUUUAUUUGCAUGACUAAAAGUAUCUUAUCUUAUCUUAUUGAUAUGGAAAAUUAUUCAAUGAAACUAAAAUAUAUUUUAGGGUUCUGCCAUUUUUCAAACAUGAGACAGACAGCAUUUGUAUUUUUUAAAAUGCAAUUUACAAUAUUCAGAUCCCCUUUCUUCACUCUUUUGUUUUUUACAAAUCAUGUAAUGGUUCCAUAAAGUUUUAGAAUUAUCACAUUGAAAUUUAGAAUAACAAAUUGAAAAAGAAUUGGAAAUGUUAAAAUAAAAUUAUUUAAAUAACUGUAUUAUAACAGUGACUUUAAAUCUAGUAAAAUUGAAUGCUUUUAUUACAGUAUUAACACAACAAUGUAUUUCAAUCAUCAAGGCACAUAGUACAGUCUUAACUCAUCACUGUAUUUAAAUCAAGUUGAAACACUUAAUGGAUAAUUGUUUAUAGAAAAUUUAGUCUUUUCCUUUUCACUUGCCCACAAGAAUAAUCAUACAUAUCUAUUUUAGUUUCUAAUAACCCAUCAAUUUUAUGUAGUCAUUUUAAAAUAUUAGAAAUUUUGUAGGAUUACAUUGCCAGUCAAUUAUAUAUAUAUAUAUUUAAUAAGCGUUAUACUCAGGCCCAUAUAUAUUUAGAUGUGUUAACAUUUGAUUCAUUUACAAGACAUUCUCAGCAUCUGUGAUACCAAAGUGAAACGUUAUUUUAUAAUUAUUGACAUGAACUUAAUAAAAUUAUUAUUAUACACUU